AUUAUAAAGCGAUAUGGCUUUUUUUAUCAUAAAUAAUAUAAGUCUAUAGAAUGUCGGUCUGUAAUAUUUCUAUCUUACUUGGCUGAUGGAUUCAUGUUCAGUGUCUAUAAAUUAAAAUAAAAACAUAACCACUUUGUAUUCUUUUUACAUUUUUGUCUGACAAAAUGUCAAAAUCGGAUCAGAAUUUGAAAAAUAAUAAUUUGGCGUAUUAUUUGUUUAAAUCGUAAUACUACCACCUAACAUUUAAUAGAACCAAUGCUACGACAGAGGAGCUCAAAGUUAUUACCUGCAGUGGUACGGCAGAUAAGUACCACUUCUAAAGACUGUCGGUCGCACUAUGACGUCCUUGGAGUGACGCCCAAAGCCACCCAAAAUGAUAUUAAAUCUGCAUAUUACAAAUUAUCAAAAAUAUAUCAUCCAGACAGAUCUAGUGAUGAGGAUUCAGCCAAAAAAUUCAGGGCCAUAACUGAGGCGUAUGAGGUGCUUGGAAAUGUCAGUUUAAAGAGAAUGUAUGACAGAGGGUUGCUGGUCGGUAAGGAGAACACUACUCGCAUGGACUACCAACCGGAACCCGAGCCAACAGACCCCACGCUCAAAUUCUAUAAAUCGCGAACACAUAGCAACGUGACCCCUACUAUGGAUGGGACAAGACCUAUUUAUGACUUUGACUCUUGGUCUAAACAACAUUACGGCGAUUUAUUCCAAAAACAAAAAUAUGACAGACAGAUGAAUAAAAUAAAGUGGGAAAAACGGGAGCAUAUGCAGCAAGAUAUCAAUCAGGAGACAUUUAUAUAUUUAUUGCUGUUGCUCACUGGUGUAAUAUUUAUGGUAAUCUCUGGGGCAACGUCCGACUAUGACGUUGAUAAGACAAAAGUUACCGAUGUGGGAAAGAAAUCAAAUUGAUGUAUUUGAACUUAAAUGUGCAAUGAUUGUCUCCUUUAUUUGGCUAUUACUAGAUUUGCACUCGUAACUUUUCACAGAUAUUGGUGUAUUGUAUACAUCAUUUUCGUAAUAUAAAUACUGUAGUUAUUGAAAAAAGUGCUUUAGUAAUAAUAAGUUUUGGUCUGAUUUAAAUUGUCACAGGUAUGUGCUAAAUAAAUGUUUGGAACACUCCUAUGUUCACUGCUAGAUGCAGAAGACAGCUAUAGUGUCUAAUUUUUGUACAGUAAAUCAUCACUGGAUUAAUAUAAAAAUGCUACUAAAGGAGACGUCUGUGUUGAAUAGCCAAUGUUUAUCUGGACAGUUAAGAGUGAAACUCUUAAAUUAGACAAUGAUUAGAUAAAUUCUUCAUAGGUUAAACAAUGGGUUUCAUAGUGUAGAAUGGGUUUUAUAUUUGUAUAAUUCAAGAUUAUUCAUUUUUAAUUUUUGAUAAUUUUAACAUGUAUAUGAAAAUUACUGUCAAAAAGGCAAAAUAUAUUUGAAUUGAUUUCUACGACCCAUUGUAUAAUAUAGUAGAAAUUAGGAGUAGAAUAAUAAAUCAAAUUAACAAAUUGAUAUAAGGCGCAUCAAAUGUGCCACAGAAAUAAGUUUUGAGAUACUAUUAUUUAUUUUGUUGCUUUGUAUAUAUUGUAUAUAAAUCGAAUACCUCUGUAGGUAAGUUGUGAUAAUGUAAUAAAGAAGCACAUUAUAA